AAAUUAAGAUAGAAGUUUUUGUUGCUGUGAGUUACUCUUCGGGAGGAAUUUAUACUUGUUUGGCAAAGUACACUCAAAGAUACAUUCAUAAAUUAUUGUUUUAAAUCUUAUGGUGUUGUGUUCUCUUUUUUGAUAAUUAAUUAAUUGCAUAACAAAUGUAAGCAGGGAAAUGACACCUAGUACUCGUGAUUGCUUUUUGGAAAUUAGUUUUUGCCGCUGGCCACACUACAUGAAUUCCGCAGAUUAACAAUUCUUACAUAAAGUGUGUGUAUGCAUGCAUUAGUAAAAAACGGAGAUGAAGGAUUUUGACAACAAUUUUGACAUUUAUUUUGUGAUUAGCACAAUUAAACCGAGUAGAGGUGGAGCAAUGUGAAAUUAAAAGCAUUUUUUAAUUAUUUAUAAUUUAAUUGAAAAUAAGUUAAAAAUGGAAAAUGAAAUUGCCGUCGCUGCUUUGCAAGUGAUUAACACUUGCCUUACUGGUGCAAUCAGCGCGUUACAGGAAGAAAAUAAACGCCGCAGGAAGAGAAAAGCGGGGGCUAUUUACUGCAUAAAACCGAGAUAUAGAAGUGAAUGUACGAAUAUUCAAACUUUAAUCACAGAGUACAAUUUGGCUAGUGAUAUGAGCAGUUUGGAGUCCUAUCUGCUUAUGGACGAAAACAUUUUCAACGAACUAUAUUCAUAUGUAGAGAAUAACAUACAAAAACAGGACACUCAUCUUCGGAAGUCUAUACCAGGCAAGGCAUUAUUAGCAGCAUCGAUACGUUUUUUAGUGACAGGCGAAAAUUUCAGGGAACUGGGUGAAAAAUUAACAUUGUCGCAGAGUUAUUUGAAGGAGAAUUUCCUGAGUGUUUGCAAUGCUAUAUACAUGAAAAUGAAAGGGAGAUAUCUUAAGUUUCCUAAUAGUAAAGAAAAAUGGAUCGAGGUUGCCAAUGAUUUUGAGGAUAUGUGCCAAUUUCCGAAUUGCCUAGGCGCAUUGGAGGCGAAACAUAUUGCUUUCACUCCUAGCAAAGAAAAAUCUUCAUUGUUUUGUAACAAUAAGGGCUAUACAAGCAUAGUUUUGUUAGCACUGGCUGAUGCUAAUGCUAAAUUUCUUUUUAUUGAUGUUGGGUAUAAAGGUUGUAUAAGUGAUGAAGAUGUGUUUUUCCGCUCCAUUCUAAGUGAUAUUGUUGAAAAUUCAGACACAAUUUUUCCUCCGCCUCGGCUUGUAGGCAACAACAGAAAAUUGCCUUUCGUAAUUUUGGGAAGAAAUGGUUUUCCGCUUCUUAAAAAUCUUAUGGUUCCAUACCCAAAGUCAAAUACAGAUCCAAAAAGUGUGAAUUUUAAUACACGUUUAAAUCGGGGCCACCAAAGCAUUGGACGUGCUCUCGGUAUUUUAAGUAAUAGAUUUCGAGUAUUCCAAAGACCUAUAUUACUAAACGAAACAAAAGCAAAGGCAAUCGUUUUAUGCUGUUGUGUAUUGCACAACUUUUUGAUUGAGAAGAGUAGCUGGUACAAAAACCUCUAUCCAAAUGACAUGGAGGAGGAAGAUUUUUCUGCCGAAUUUAUAGAAAAUCUAGAAAAUGCAGCAUUUAUCCGUGAUAAAUUUGCUAAUCAUUUUCAGAAUGAAGGCAAAAGCUAGAAUAAUUAAUAUUACUAAUAAAGUGUGUAAAAUAAUUUACUAAAAUAUUUAUAUA